CGGGUCUUGUUUAGUGGAGCGGGCACUUCUUGGAGCUCGCGCCUCUUACGGCGUCGUGGUCCCUGGUGAGCCGCAGCGGGCCAGUGCCAUGAUCCGACAAGACCUCUCCACGUCCUAUCAGGAGCUCAGCGAGGAGUUGGAGCAGGUGGUUGAGAACUCAGAGCAGGCAGACGAACGAGACAAGGAGCCGGUCCAAGUUCAAGGUCCAGGUGUCGUGCCAGGCGUGGACAACGAGUCUGCCUCCAGCAGCAUCCGCUUCAGCAAGGCCUGCCUGAAGAAUGUCUUCUCGGUCCUGCUCAUCCUCAUCUACCUGCUGCUCAUGGCGGUAGCUGUCUUCCUGGUCUACCAGACCAUCACGGACUUCCGGGAAAAGCUCAAGCACCCUGUCAUGUCUGUGUCUUACAAGGAGGUGGAUCGCUACGAUGCUCCAGGGAUUGCCUUAUAUCCUGGUCAGGCUCAGCUGCUCAGCUGUAAGCACCACUAUGAGGUCAUUCCACCUCUUGCCAGCCGCGGCCAGCCAGGAGACAGGAACUGCACCACUCAGAGGAUCAAUUAUACCCACCCCUUCUCCAAUCACACCAUGCAGUCAGCCCUGAUUGUCCAGGGCCCUCAGGAAGUGAAGAAGCGAGAGCUGGUGUUCCUCCAGUUCCGCCUGAACCAGAGCAGCGAGGACUUCAGCGCCAUAGACUAUCUCCUCUUCUCUUCUUUCCGGGAGUUCAUGCAAAGGUGGCUGUUGAGAGGUCACAGGGUCUCACUGUCUCCUGCCUUCCCGGACAAGGCGGGCUUCAUGCAGGCCUGUGAGAGUGCCUACUCCAGUUGGAAGUUCUCCGGAGGCUUCCGCACCUGGGUCAAGAUGUCACUGGUGAAGACCAAAGAAGAAGAUGGGCGAGAAGCUGUUGAGUUCCGGCAAGAGACCAGCGUGGUUAAUUAUAUUGACCAGAGGCCGGCAGCUGAGAAGAGUACUCAGUUGUUCUUUGUGGUGUUUGAAUGGAAAGAUCCCUUCAUCCAGAAGGUCCAGGAUAUAAUCACAGCCAAUCCUUGGAACACCAUCGCCCUGCUCUGCGGGGCUUUCCUGGCAUUAUUUAAAGCAGCAGAGUUUGCCAAACUAAGCGUGAAGUGGAUGAUCAAAAUCAGGAAACGGUACCUUAAACGAAGAGGCCAGGCGACAAACCACAUAAGCUGAAGCAAGCGCCCGUGCCACAGCACUCCGACAAACCGAGCCACCAGCAAUCCUGGACUCACUUGAAGGGACCUUGCAGGGAAGGACAGCCUGUCGCACUGGAUGCUCAAACCCUGCCCAGGAGGCUGUCCUGAGCCCAAAGGGAAACACCCAGUGAAUAACCGGAAACUUAUUUAAGUACUUAAAUUAUUACCGGACAUUUUGCAGAGCUGCCUAGUGCCUUGGAGAGGUUUGCAGAUGGCAGCUUCCUCCUAUUUGGUCAUUAAAUAGUUAAGUUCCAGGUUAAGGCUUCUUCUUUACCUUAGGAUUUUUUUUUCUUUAAAGUGGACUGAUGUGCCCUGUAUACAAAAUUCCUUUUAUAUCACCUGUCGUUACUUAACAAGAACUUGUUAGAGCCUAGAUCAGACUUUUUUUUUAAACUGUAGCCCUGGUAGACCAGGCCUGCUUCUGCCUUCCCACUGCUGGGAAUAAGAGCCUACACCACUACCCCCAGCUUUAUGUAAGACCUUAAAAGGCUACUAGAAACUUGUGGUUGUACUCUGAUGCACUAGACAAACUAGCACAGAUGUAUACAGUAGGCACCUACUUAGCAUAUCUUGAUUUCAUUAACAGGUAAAUAAAGUUGGGCUAGCACAAAAGGGCUGAGUGUGAAUACCCAGUAAACCAGCAGAGUAAACCAGCAGUCAGCAACAGUGGACGUUGAUGCUAUGACCAGCAAACCCAGAAGGUAGCGUGAGUCUGGACUGCAGCACAAUGGCUCUGACCCAGCCUACGUCACUGCUAACAGGGAGGUAAGCUGGGCACUGACGACAGGUGGCCAAGAGGGGCACACCACAUAAGAUAAUCAAGGGCCCUACAGAAACACACACCCAAAAAAGGGUGGCCUUUAGGGCUUUGACAAACAGCGCCCGCAUAAAGCCAAAAACUGUUUUCCACAUGUGACCAGAGGGAACAUAGUAACAUCAAAGAAUUUGUAACUAGGCCUUAGGGAACCAGAAGCGAACUGCUCACAGGUGUAAGGAGGACAUUUCUGUCUCUAGAAAUAAGCUUGUAUAGUGAAAUGUUCCUGCUACCUUUGUCUCAUAGAUGUACAAGAAUUUAGAUUUUAGCCUAAAUCUUUUUAUUAUAAAACACCAUUUUAGCACAAAUGCCAAGCAUAAAGCAGCAUUAAAAAUAUGGGAAGGACUGAAAGCUGAGGUGCAGAGGUACAGCCCAGUCACAGGAUGUGUUUAGCGUGUAGGGCCCUGGUUACAAAACUCACAGUUGCAGAUCGCUUCAGUAGUUCAGUAUCUGCCUCAGCGAACACCAAGGCUUUAUUUCCCUGUACUGUGAAAAGCCGAGCUGCUAUUAAAUUUGCUUUAGAUAACUAGGAAGUAUUUUUGCCUAUCCAUACAAUAUGGCUUCCACUUUCUGGAAGGGCAGCCCUGUGUUCUGUGUGGGACUGCCCGGGGCCGUGGACAGCAGAGGCCUGUAGGGAGCAGCUUCACUACUGCAGAGCCGCCCUGGGAUGUCCACUGCUUGACAAUAUCAUGGAGGCUGUUGUCACAGCAACAAAAAUCCGUGCUCCUUUUUAAAUGGUGUUUAGUUGAAACCGUAUUAGUCUUCCAGCCUUUCCAAGAACUGCUACUGUCAUAGAUUAUGAGAUUCCCCCCCUGUUUCAGUUAAAACUAGCUUUAAUGUUAAACAUGUCCUGGAACACAGAGGGACAAGAAGCUUGAGAUUUUAUGAAGAUUGUUUAAAUGGCUAGACUCGUAAUCCAUGGACCACAAGCAUCCUAAUU